CCCUGUUUGGUUGCAUCUCUUUCUUUGGGAUAGGGGACAGGAUUGCCUAAAACUGUGGGGACCGUAGAUAUUCUUAGUGGACCUGGUGUGCUUUGAAGGUGUUUGGACGCUGCGGCAACAUUGUUGCGUUCCGCCGCUGAAGAGAGGAAAGAAAGAGCGGUGUUUAGCGGUCCAAGCAUUGAAAGUGGCUACACAGCUGCCUGCUUAUUGUGUAUUGUGGCAUUGUAGGCCCGUUUAGGAGAUCGUUGUGGCCUCAGAAGUCAGCUUGAGCCCAGACUGAUGGCCGGCUUCAGCUUCGUGUGUGCUGUGCUCCUGUGCGCCGCUGUGGUGCAAACGAAGCCAACGCUGAGAAAAGAGAGGGUUCAUCAUGAGCCAGAGCUGAGCAGGCAAGCCCACGAAGACAAUAAGAGCUUCCAGUAUGACCAUGAGGCCUUUCUUGGCAAAGAGGAGGCCAAAACAUUUGAUCAGCUCACCCCCGAAGAGAGCAAGGAUCGGCUUGGUAAAAUUGUGGACAGAAUAGACAGCGACGCAGAUGGCUACAUCACCACAGCUGAGCUCAAGGCUUGGAUAAAGCGUGUGCAGAAGCGUUAUGUAUAUGAGAAUGUAGCCAAGGUGUGGACAGAUUAUGACCUGAACAAGGACAAUAAGAUUUCAUGGGAUGAGUACAAACAAGCCACAUAUGGAUACUACCUCGCCAACCCGGAGGAGUUUGAAGAUGCCACAGAUCAGUUCAGCUUCAAGAAGAUGCUUCCUCGUGAUGAGAGAAGGUUUAAAUCAGCUGAUCUGAACGGGGACCUGGCAGCAGACAGAGAAGAGUUCACAGCCUUCCUCCACCCUGAGGAGUUUGAACACAUGAAGGAUAUUGUGGUUCUGGAAACUUUGGAAGACAUUGACAAGAAUGGCGACGGGCAUGUGGAUGAGGACGAAUAUAUCGCGGACAUGUUCGCACACGAGGACGGGGGUCCAGAACCAGACUGGGUCAAGACUGAGAGGGAACAAUUCUCUGACUUCCGAGACCUGAACAAAGACGGAAAAAUGGACCAGGAUGAAAUCCGUCACUGGAUUAUGCCACAGGACUACGACCAUGCGCAGGCGGAGGCCAGACAUCUGGUGUACGAGUCUGAUCAGGACAAGGAUCAGAUGCUGACUAAAGAGGAGAUUCUUGAAAACUGGAACAUGUUUGUGGGAAGUCAGGCUACUAACUAUGGAGAAGACCUCACCAGGAACCAUGAUGAGCUCUGAGCUCUCACUGCAGCUUUAGGUGUGUGCGUGUAUAUGUGAGGAGCACUAGUCUACAAUGACAUAACCACACACAGUGACAGUAAGAGUGGGACAGAUGUCAGUUUGUUGGACUUCAAACCAACACUGUACCAAAUGAGAGGACGUAUGAGGGUCGGUCCUACCACUAACUGUGGGUCUGUUUCAGUCGUCAUACUGAUGGUUCUGCUUCUGACAUUCAGGAGCAAAGCCGGGCCCAGUGGACUCGUUUUUAACAAUGGUGCCUUCCAGCCGUAUCGCCGGAUUCAUUGCCUCAGAGAUUUGUGUAGAUAGUCUGUGAUAAAACUUAGUAUUGUCAGAUAUGGGAACAAUUUUUGAUGUUAAUGUGAAACUAUAGCUCGGAACAUUUGUUCUGAUUUUAUUUAUUUAUUAAAUAGCUUCUGAACCUUCGGAUUUGAGAGGAAUACAGUGUUCUACUAAAGAGCUUUUCCUUUUCAGACAAAUUGAAAAUGCAAAUGAUGUUUUUACAUUUUUUUUUUUGUGUUUGUUUUACAGUUUUACAGGUCUGAUAACUCUAAAGAUCUUUUUCUUUUAUUGUUAAGUAUUUUAAGAGCUGUUGAUAACUGAUGUUUGACGGCAUGGUUUUUGCACGUAUUUGGUUUUAGUGUAGCCUGUGAAAAAAAUAACGUUUCUUCACACUUAGUUUGAAAUGUAUUUAUUGGUAUACUUAAGGCCAGUUGUGUGCUCAGUGUUCACAUUUUCACCUUUUGAUGUUUCAGUUUAACUUUAACCUUUGACAAGUGUCUGAUUUUUUUUUUUUAAGGUAAAUUAGGCUAAGGCCUAUUGGUUUGAAUAUAUAUAUAUAAGAGGAGGAAAUAAAGUUUCCUUUCCUUAAUUUCUCACUUAAGCUUAUUCUUACUUUUACCUCACUCCAAGUCCUUCUUUAUCUCGGCAUUUUACCUAACAACAUGGAUUUCUUCUUUUUUUUUAAGAACAAGGCUUAUGAAAAUAAACUUUCUGUAAAACUUUCUUGAGAUUUUUGAUCAACAUGUUGUCACUCAAAGCCCCCCCCCCCCCCUUUUUUUUAAAUGUUUUGCUUUAUUGUUGUCCCAAACCUACGUUGCAUUAAACAGGCACAAACCUCCAUCACAAGCUGCACAUGCUAACAAAAUAUAUCCAUAAAAAGUAAGGAAAUCAAAGGCUUUCAUAUGAACUAUUGUUGCUUUCCAAUUCAACAUGUAGAAAUACAGUUUCUUUUUCACUCCAUGUUGCUGUGAAGACUGAGAAUUCUGAAAUUAUUGGUGGGUGGUGUACUGUUUCAUAGAUGGAUCUGCAAGUGUGAAAUACUGUAUCUACUGUACAAUAAAUACAGAGCUAUUGCCAGCAGCCAUUACCUUUGCAGGGGACACAUGCUGGAAACACACACUCACACUGGAACAGCUACUUGUAAUUUCUACAUGUAUUACACUGAUGUUUGUAUUUGAGUUAAAGAUGUAAUGUCUUUUUGGACCUUAGCCAUUUUGUUUUGAGUUAAAGGGCUUUUAGUAACAGUA